CCAUAGAUUGAGUAUGAGUACAACACUACACCUUUGUUUAUCGCUUUGUGUUGCGUUUGCGUAGUACGAUUGUAUUGUGGGUGACGUUGUGACGCAGUUCGCGCAUAGUGUUCGUGUUUUGAUAUUUGUUUAUAUUUUGUUUCCAAAAUACUGGGCAAUGGCUGAAGCUCCGGCAAGCGAACCCAUGCCUUCCUCCAGCGAGACUGCGGAGAAGGCUUUGGAAACAAAAGCCCCCGAUGCUAAAGAUGAGGAAGAGGGCCCGUCGCCUAAGAAACGUAAAAUAGUUUCGGAUAAGGAGGGCUCCGACAAGCUGGAGCACAGGCUCGGAGGCAUCCUGUGCUGCGCAGUGUGCCUCGACCUGCCGCCCGCGGCCGUCUACCAGUGCACCAACGGGCACCUGAUGUGUGCGCCCUGUUUCACACACCUGCUGGCGGACGCGCGGCUGCGGGACGAGGCGGCCACCUGCCCCAACUGCCGCGUCGAGAUCUCCAAGACGUCGGCCUCCCGCAACCUCGCAGUCGAGAAAACAGUAUCGGAGCUGCCCUCCGAGUGCAAGUACUGCACCGGCGUCUUCCCCCGCCACUCGCUGCAGCACCACGAGGAGAAAACUUGCGACGAGAGGCAAUUCGAGUUCUCGCAGAUGGUAGUGGAGUCCCCGGCUCGUGGGUCGCGGUGGUCGGCGCUGGAUGGUUUGGUUCGCAUUGUGUCUGGCGUGUACUGGCUGGUGGCGGCGGCGCUGCACGGCUCGCGGGGCCGCGGCCCGGGCCGCGCCCGCCGCGCCCGCGCCAGGCUGACGGGCUGCCAGUACGCGUGCAUCGGCUGCCCGUGGCGCGGGCCGGCGCACGAGGCGGCGGCGCACGAGGCGGCGUGCCUGCACCCGGCGCGCUCGGCCGCCGACGUGGUGGGCGCGCUGGCCGAGCGCGAGCGCCGCCGCCGGGACGACCUGGCCGUCUACAACCAGAUCCUGGACCUGCUCUCCUAUGAGAAAAUCACAUUCAACGACCUGCAGUUGAAGCCGUACCGGACGGAGGAGUUCGUGCACAAGUUGUACUACGAGACGUCGCGGUUCUCGGCGUUCGGGCAGCAGUGGGUCGUGAAGGCUUUCGUCAACAAGAACCAGCGCGACCCCACACAGAGUUCGCAGCGCGAGAUCACCUACCAGCUGAUCAUGAAGAGCAAGUCGGCGGUGUCGCUGGGCGUGCAGUGGGUGGUGCUGCGCGGGCCGUACGGCGAGGCGGCCCUGCUGGCGCGGCCGCUGGCGCACGUGUUCGCCGACGACGCGGCCGACGCCGCGCCCGCGCGGCUGCCGCUGCUCGACCCCGACGACACCAACCGCCUGCUCUCCAACAAGGCUAUACACUUCCGGCUCAUAAUGUUCCUGACAUCAAAGUGACCCGCCAGCCCCCAGUCGCCCGCGGCCGCGCCCUGAGCGCCCGCACCACGCUCACCAAAGAUGAUGCAAUGCACACGACAACCUUCAUAUAAAUUACAGUCGCUCGGUCCAUAUUAUAUUUCUCUCUUAAAAUUCAAUCACUUCAAGAGAGGGAUCGAAAUGGCUCUCAUAUUUGUCUACGCCAAUAACGUGCGAGCGAGGGACAAAUAGGUAAACCGCCAUUUUUAAUCCCCUACCCCAUCUCAAAACCUACUUAACAGACCGAUCAUUCUCUCUCAAACCUUGCAACUCUUUAGUGUAUUUAUUAUAAGUAAAAUCAGUGGCGUAGCAAACGUUUAAGUAUUCUGUCUCUCUGCUGCCAUCUUGUGCUGUCCCUUCGUGUAAAUAUUAAUACUUCGCCCCCGUGCCGCCAUAUUGGUUGCUACGCCCCUGACGGUCUUGCACGGUAAGUUAAUGUAAAUUGUAGUGAACAUGACGGAAUUCAAAAAUGAAGUGUUCGAGAUUAUAUUGAGUACAAAGUUAUAUUUAUUGGGAUUUAUUGUUAGUGUAAGUCAACCUCGUAGGGUAAAUUAGAGGAAGCUCGUACGGCUGCUGGAGGUCACAGGCUGGUUCGGGACUACUCGGGAUAUUGGGGUUCAUGAAUAUAGCAUGGCAUAUGUUUAGAGCGAGACGGGCGCAAAAUAAAAAAAUGUGAAGAAGUUAUUCUUUGCCAAUUUUCUCUCUGGUACGCUUCUUACCUUAUCUUUAAAUAUUUUACCAUCUGCCAAAAAAUUACAUUAGCAUUAUGUGCUUUUAAACUUUUACUUACUUUUAAACAGAAGGUCCGGGCGCUGCGACCUCCCAUAGUAAUAGAUUCUACUCAUGAUAUUAUAGUGUCUAUAAAUUAACAAUGAUCUUGAAGUUUUCGCUGUGAACUAAAUCGUAACGACAAGUCGUAAAAUAAAAAUGUUUAACUUAUUGAUAAGCUCCAGUAGCCAUAACGUGCUCCGCGCAUACCGCGCGACGCGGUAGGUAAGCCAAUGGAAUUGGUUUAUUUAUCAAAUUAUCACGCAGCCAAUAGAGUUAGUAAUCGCGUCGGGCGCGAUAUGCGGGUAGCAUGCUGCGGGGGCAGGUUAUGUAUGUAAAAGUGUUGUAUCUAGUGUAUGUGUGUUCGAUUGUAAUGCUGUGAUUUAAAUAUGUUGUUUUAUAUGUCUGAUCUGAUGGAGUGCAUUCCAGUCAAAUUGUAAUCCAUUUGUUUCGGGCCGUUUUCAUUCAGUGAUCAAAAUCUUUAAUUCUAGAUAUAUUUAUCUACUUAUUUAAUUGUAGUUUGUUCAUUUGAUUGGAAUGUACCGCUCAGUCCGGGAGCGAUCAUGGAAUAUAUUAAACAAUCAGAAUUAUAAUAUACAGUGCGCCGGCGGCCACAGACCAUAUUCUUAUUUAGUAAAAAUAUUUUUUAAUAUCCCGUAGCUUUACUUUGGGUUUUAAAUAAAGCGCUAAGUUAUUACUA